GAGCUGACCUCAGUGGUGACCUGGCCAGUAGAGCCGCCGUCCACAAACACCGUUCCGCAGACAAGCCUGGCGUCAAUCAGCGACUACCAACAUGAUUCUUUGUAUAGCACUCGUCUGCAUAGCAUGCUGCAAUGCACUCCCAGUAUUCAAACGGGCUUCAUUCGAUCCUAACGCCAUCUAUCAACAACAAUCACAAGCUGCUCAGUCGUUUCUGACAGGUAGCUCUAGCAAUGUAGCAUCCCCAGGAGGGAGUAAUCCGGCAAACCCUUCAGAUGGUAGCAGUGGAGGUUCAUCCGGAUCUUCACAGUCAGAUACGAGCAUAUCUGGAAGUUUCGACCCAAAUGCUCUUUUCCAACAACAGAUGCAGCAAGCUCAACAGUACAUGCAAUCCAAUAAUCCAUCUUCGGGUUCUGGCGGUUCCUCAUCCGGAAGCAGUUCCGGAAGUAGUUCGGGGAGUUCAAGUAGCAGCUUCAACCCUAAUCAAAUGAUAUCAGGUUCUUCUUCCAGUUCUUCAGGAAGUUCAUCGAUGGGCAGUUUCGACCCCAACUCACUUAAUAAUCAAAUGAUGCAGCAGGCACAACAAAACAUGAACAGUGGAGGAGGAAGCAGUAGCGGAAGUCAGUCAUCUUCGAGUGGAUCCAGUUCAGGAUCUAGUUCAGGAUCCAGUUCAGGUUCUAGUGGAAGUUCCAGCAGCUUUGAUCCUAAUGCUUUGAACAACCAAAUGAUGCAACAGGCACAACAAAACAUGAACAGUGGAGGAGGAAGCAGUAGCGGAAGUCAGUCAUCUUCGAGUGGAUCUAGUUCAGGAUCUAGUUCAGGAUCUAGUUCAGGAUCCAGUUCAGGAUCUAGUGGAAGUUCCAGCAGCUUUGAUCCUAAUGCUUUGAACAACCAAAUGAUGCAGCAAGCUCAACAAAACAUGAAUAGUGGAAGCGGAGGCAGUGGAAGCCAGUCAUCCCCUAGUGGGUCCAGUUCAGGAUCAAAUACAGGUAGUUUUAACCCUAAUAAUCUUAAUCAACAGAAACAACCUAGUAGUAGCAGUGGAAGUAGUGGUGGAAGUGGAAGUAGCAGUAGUAGCAGCAGCAGCUUUGAUCCGACAUCGAUGAACAACAACAUGCUCAACCAAAAUCUCCAAAAUAUGCAGCAGCAAAUGUCUUCUAUGACUCAAGGAAUGAACAUGAAUGGUGGUUCAUCUAGCAGUUCCAGUGGAAGUGGAACUUCAGGAUCAAGUAGUGGGUCAUCAGGAAGCAGUUCAAGUCAAAUGUCACCAAGCAAUAUGAUGACUGGAAGCGGAGGAAGUUCAUCGUCAAUGGGAGGAUCUUCAGGUUCAUCCGGGAGCCAGAUGAUGUCGCCUAGUAGCAUGAUGGGAGGAAGUUCCGGGGGUAGCGGCGGAAGCAGUAGCAGCUCUGGAGGGGGUAGCAGCAGUAGUUCUGGUAGCUUUGAUCCAAAUGCAAUUAACAGUCCCGAUAAAAACAAAAUUGAUCCUGCUCAAUUCAUGCAAAAUAUGGGGAGCAGUGGUGGAUCUUCGGGUUCAAGUGGUGGAUCAUCUGGUGGCAGUUCCAGCCAGAUGAUGUCGCCGAGCAAUAUGAUGAGUGGAAGUGGAGGAGGUUCGUCAUCAACAGGAGGAUCAUCGUCUGGAAGUGGUUCAAGUCAGAUGAUGUCACCUAGUAACAUGAUGGGAGGUGGUUCUUCUGGUAGUGGAGGCAGCAGCAGUGGAUCAAGUGGGGGUUCGUCAAGUCCAAGUGGCGGCUCAAGUCAGAUGAUGUCGCCUAGCAACAUGAUGGGAGGUGGCUCUUCUUCUGGUGGGGGUGGGUCAAGUAGUGGUGGAAGUAGCAGCAGUUCUGGGAGUAGUUCUGGAGGAGGAUCUAACAGUGGUAGUGGCUCUGGUAGCUUCGACCCAAAUCAACUUAAUCAACAAAUGAUGUCCUCUUCCAGUAUGACCGAUCCAUCCAAGUUUAUGAGUGGAGUUAGUGCUGGCAGCACAUCAGGGUCCAUGGGAAACGGAAUGAAAUUUGAUGUUCUCAAUCCCAGUCAAUUUGUCGGGUAAUUAAAAUCUGAUCAAUAUCAA